AUGAGUCUAAAAAAUUAAUAGAGUAACAGAGACUGUAAUGAGGAAAUAUCUAUUUUAAAAUCAAAUUGCUUCUCGAUAGAUGAUGACAUAGAAAAAAAAGUCAAAUAAGCAAGGAAUCUAUUAAGAUAAACUGCUUUAAGCUUAUAGAAAAUAGCAGAAUCUUCAAAGAUAGAUAUAUCUCAUUCAUAGAAUUUUAUAGAAUCAACUUAAACCCCUUAAAGGAAAAUUAGCAUUAAUAUUCAUUAAAAGAUGACUAAAAAUAAAAAUUCAGCAUUAGAAGGGAAGGAAUAUAGUUAAGUAGUUAGUGAUUUAAUCAGUUUUAAAAGUAUAGCAGGAUAAAGUGAUAAGUAAUUUGAUCUUAAAGCACCAAUUAAAGAAUAUGAUAAUGCUAGAUAAAACUCAUCAUAAGAUUAAUCUUUAACAGAUGAUGCUUUUUCAUCCAAAUGUUCAAUAAUGAUAGACUUCAAGAACUAAGAAAAUUCAAAAAACAAAUAAGACAAUAAUAUAGAAUGCGAGAAGUUUGUUAUAGACAAUUAGAAUGAUUUAGAAAAAAGAAUUCAUAAAUGGCUAGAUGAUUAAGGUAUUAUAAUGGUAAAUCCUUCUUAAAAUCGUCAGGAAUACUUCGAUUCAAAGCGCUCAUAAGUUUUGAUAAUGUGUAAAAAAUUGAAUUUUUACAAAAAUUGCUCGUCAAUCACGUAAAGCUAAUUAUCUUGUAAAGAAACACUCUAUAUAAAUAGCCAAAGCUCCGAUAAGCUUUUAACUCAAAGCUGCUCAACAUCACCUUAAAAAAUGCAUAAUGGUUUAGAAGUAUAAAACAAAUCUGAGUUUAAAAUAGAAUAGCACAUUAAUAAAAUUUAAUAAAGCAAUUUUAAAAAUUCAGGUUCUGAUAUAAUAAUAUCAUCUUUAUUUAAUAACUCUAUAAAUGAUUCACCUUUAAUGCAAAGACGAAAAAUAUUAAUGUAGCGCGACUAACAGAGAAACAUUUCUUGUGACAAUUCCUAAGAAAAAAAAUCUAAUUUUGAUGAUAAGAGCAAGGUCAGAUAAAUAUUACAAUUAAGCUAAUACAAAAGGUCUACUCCCUCGAAAUAGAAUAUUGAGUCCAUUACUGAUAUUUUAAAUGAUUGUAAAUGA